GACUCUUUUUGUCGGGCGUCACUAUGGUUACAGGCCAGCUUCGGGACGCGGUGUAUCAUGGGAAAAAAGCUGCAAGUUCCAGCGUUGGUGAAAAAGACAACAGCGAAACUUUUCUUCAAUUAUCUGCGAAAAAGCAGCAUGUCUGGAGGGAGGAUGCCGAACUGUCCUGCCUCCGUGUCCGAAGGCUUCAGCUCGACGCCCGUCAAAACGGCCGCGGGGAAAGACUUCAACCCGCCCAAGAGCUUGGACGGCGACGACGGCGUCCUGACCGACGACGAAGACACGUUCUCUCUGCUUUCUCCCAUCUACCACGACAGUUUUGACAGCGACGAAGACCUGGAGCGCAGCCCGGCUCAGCUGACCUCCCCCGGACGGAGCGAGCCCUCCGGACCCAGCGGUUCCCCGGCCAGAUGUGAGCUACCAAGAAGCCCUUCGGUGCGGCUGCCGGAUGCUUCGGGGGCCUCGCGUGGACCCUUUCUCAGUGCGUGGGAGAUGUGGCUGGUGAACAAGGCCAAAGAAGACCGUUUCAAACUGGAAAAACAAGCAGAUGAGGAGCAGUUAAGGAAGAAAAAAAAAGAACAAGAAGAACGGGAGCGGGAACAGAAAAGGAUAGUCAUGGAAGAGAAGAUCCAAGAAUGGCUACAGAUGAAAAUGAAACAGGAGAAGCAGGAUUACCUCAUAAAACUGAGCAAGGAGGAGGAAGAGAUACAGAGGCAGCUGGAGAAACAGAGGCAGACUGAACAGAAAGCUCAACAAAAGUACAAAGUCUGGCUGCAGAAGAAGAAUCAAGAAAAAAUAGAAUUAGAAAAGAAGGAGAAAGAGGCGGCUGCCCUGAAGGAGGCGCAGGAGCGAGAGCGCCACAAGAGGGCAGAGGAGAAGUUUAAGGACUGGCUGGCUAAAACCAACGAAAAGAGCAGGGCAAGUCCCAAAUCACCUUGCUACCCAACAGGUCCCUACGACACAUCACGCGCAUCCCCCAGCUUCUACAACCCAAUCCCCUGGAAGCCCAUUCACGUCCCUCCUCAGGAAAUAACACCAAAUAAGACUUCUGCCAAGAAACUCCAGAAACAACAAAAAUGCCAACAAAGCCCCAGCACCGCUUUCAGGCUGAUGAACUGUGCCAGCGCAGCACAGAGAAGAUGACACGGCAGGCCGAGGUCUGCGACUCACGCGCCGGCUUAGUUACGGAUCAAAUAUGAUUUCAUCACCAGUCAUCCACUCCAACAAAGCUCCUGAGACGAGACUGCUGAAUCACAGAAAUGUCUCUGUUCCUUAAUAUGAAUGUGGUAGUUUAGCUGUAAUAUCUUUAUUUUUGUACACUGGAGCAAUGUUGCAUUAGCUCAAAUUAAUUUGUAUAUAAGGAGGUCUGCAUUUUGGGGAUAGCAUAAAUGUUGUUGUGGUUAGACAGGCCUAAAGUUUAUUCAGUUUUAUCUUGUACAUUUGAUCAAUUUGCUAUUUGCAUAAAAAAGAGACAUUAUCAAAAAUGUU